GGCGUUGCAGAUAUAUCUACUUCCAACUCACAGUUCACUACUCAUCUCUCUUCCAUUCUCUCUGUCUCUCUCUUUCUUAAUUUUGAACGAUGAUGAAGUGUUUGCAGAGCUGGCCUGAGCCUAUUGUUCGGGUCCAGUCCCUCGCCCAAAGUGGGAUAAAAACAAUCCCGGAGCUCUACAUCAAGCCCCCUUGCAAACGACCAUCGAAUGAUCUCGUCCUCGACGAUGCCACCGUCAACAUCCCGGUCAUCGACCUGCAGGCCCUGGCCGGAGACGACCAGAGCCUGCGAGAGACCACGCUGCAGCUAGUCUCGAGCGCCUGUAGGGAGUGGGGGUUCUUCCAGGUGGUGAACCACGGUGUCAGCCACGAGCUGAUGAAGCGGGCGAGGGAGACAUGGCGGGAGUUCUUCGAGCAGCCGCUGGAGGUGAAGCAGGAGUACUCGAACAACCCGAGCACCUAUGAAGGGUACGGAAGCCGGCUCGGAGUGGAGAAGGGGGCUAUUCUGGAUUGGAGUGACUAUUACUUUCUUCAUUACAUGCCUCCGGAGUUGAGGAAGCCCACCAAGUGGCCUGCUCUCCCAUCUUCAUGCAGGAAUUUGAUUGAAGAAUAUGGUGAGGAAGCUACUAGACUAUGUGGAAGACUGAUGAAGAUGCUAUCACUAAACCUUGGGCUAGGGGAAGACUACCUUCUCAAUGCUUUUGGAGGAGAAGAGAACGUUGGGGCAUGCUUAAGGGUCAAUUUCUACCCAAAAUGCCCCCAACCAGACCUAACCCUCGGAAUCUCGGCACACUCGGACCCCGGUGGGAUGACCCUUCUCCUACCCGACGAGGAUGUGGCGGGACUUCAAGUUCGUAAAGGUGACAGUUGGGUGACUGUAAAGCCCGUCCCGAACGCCUUCAUUGUCAACAUGGGAGAUCAAAUGCAAGUUCUGAGCAACGCCAUAUACAAGAGCGUAGAGCAUAGAGUGAUUGUGAAUUCAGUCAAAGACCGAGUUUCUCUGGCCAUGUUUUAUAACCCCAAGAGCGAUUUGCUGAUUGAACCUGCCAAGGCUCUCGUCACGAAUGACCGGCCGGCUCUCUACCCGGCUAUGACGUUCGAUGAGUACCGCCUUUACAUUAGGACCAAGGGCCUUUGGGGCAAGUCACAAGUUGAAUCCUUGAAAACCCAUGAAUAACAUGCAUAUUCUAUGUAUUUGCUUAAGACUUGAAUAUGACGGUUAAUUAAUGUACCUAUAGUUGCAUUGCUAGUUUGAUGCCUACGUACUGUAGCUAUCCGUUUCUGAGAAUUGAACAACUUUAAUUAUUGCACCUGACCAGUCAAUGACCAAAUUGCAAAUAUUAUGAA